GGCUCCGGCGGUUGCUCACGGCUCUGAGGGAAGCGCGCGGGCGGCCCCGAGAUGAUUAAGAAGUUCGACAAGAAGGACGAGGAGACCGGUAGUGGCUCCAAUCCCUUCCAGCAUUUGGAGAAGAGUGCUGUCCUUCAAGAGGCUCGCAUCUUUAAUGAGACUCCCAUAAAUCCACGAAGAUGUCUGCAUAUACUUACCAAGAUCCUUUACUUACUGAACCAGGGUGAACAUUUCGGAACUACUGAAGCCACAGAAGCAUUCUUUGCAAUGACCAGAUUAUUUCAGUCUAAUGAUACUUCUGGCUACAGAUUGAACACCUUUCCUACCCCUUUGUUUUCUCAUCCAGCUGCUGUGAGUGCAUUAGCGAAGUUUGGGGCCCAGAAUGAGAGCCUUCUUCCAAGCAUCCUGGUGCUUUUGCAGAGGUGUAUGAUGGACAGCGAUGAUGAAGUUCGUGACAGAGCAACAUUCUACCUAAACGUGCUGCAGCAGAGACAGAUUGCACUGAACGCUGCCUAUAUCUUUAAUGGAUUGACAGUCUCCGUUCCUGGGAUGGAGAAGGCCCUGCACCAGUACACACUUGAGCCUUCUGACAAGCCUUUUGACAUGAAGACAGUUCCAUUAGCUACUGCACCAAUCUUUGAACAGAAAGCAGAAAUUGCACUAGUGGCCAGCAAGCCUGAGAAAAUUGCUCCGUCCCGCCACGACAUAUUCCAAGAGCAACUGGCUGCCAUUCCCGAAUUUAAAAGCUUGGGUCCCUUAUUCAAGUCAUCUGAGCCAGUUCAGCUUACAGAGGCAGAAACAGAAUACUUUGUUUGCUGUACGAAGCACGUGUUCACUAAUCAUAUGGUUUUCCAGUUCGACUGCACAAACACCCUAAAUGACCAGUUACUAGAGAGGGUCACUGUGCAGAUGGAACCGUCGGAUGCUUACGAUGUGAUUCGCUCUAUCCCAGCAGCCAGCCUUUCUUACAACCAGCCGGGCAUGUGUUACACUCUCGUCCGACUGCCCCAGGAUGAUCCCACUGCAGUCGCUUGUACUUUCAGCUGCACAAUGAAAUUUACAGUCCGAGACUGCAACCCAAACACAGGGGUGCCAGAGGAUGAUGGCUAUGACGAUGAAUAUGUGCUGGAAGAUCUGGAGGUAACCGUGUCAGAUCAUAUUCAGAAGGUCCUAAAGCCCAACUUCGCAGCUGCCUGGGAAGAAGUAGGCGAUGACUUUGAGAAAGAGGAAACCUUUGCUCUCAGUUCAAUUAAAACCCUUGAUGAAGCUGUCGGUAACAUCAUCAAGUUCCUGGGCAUGCAGCCAUGUGAGAGGUCCGAUAAAGUGCCAGAGAACAAAAAUUCCCACACGCUGUAUCUAGCUGGUGUGUACAGAGGUGGCUAUGAUGUGCUGGUGAGAUCCAGGCUGGCAUUAGGAGAUGGAGUGACCAUGCAGGUGACUGUCAGGAGCAAGGAUGAAACACCAGUAGAUGUCAUCUUGGCCUCUGUAGGCUAAGUCAUGCUAUUUUUAAUACCUGCAGGGGAAUUUCACCUCAAGGAUCUCAAACAGCCUGACUCUGUCCUGUCUGACCUUCUGCAUGGAGUUUUUAUUCUUUGUCAUUUUGUAUGAGGUUGCAGUAAUGGCAGCUCUGGCUCGUCUCUGUAACAUACACUUAAUGCUGGGUCUCACCCCCACCCUGGUCAUCAGUUAUAUGUUCCUCUGACUGAUUGCAACUGUGGACCUUACAAGACUUGGUAGGGGAUAAAAACAAACUGGAAUCAGACUUUUGUCAAAACAGAUUUUUAUUAACAGAAAAUAAACAUUGAUCAUUCCAGUU